GACCUUGACAAAACAAGCUUGUGAUUGAGACACUUGAUAUUGAUCAUUCGAUUGUAGUGGUCCAAAAAAACAUUGCGGAAAAGUUAAGUGUCACGUUACGGCAUAUGGAAGCGUUAAAGUUGUCGGAGUCGGAAAUCAACUUCUACUUCAGUGCUUUUGAUAGCUGUGAUGUCGAAAAAAGUGGGAAGCUAUCAACGGAGUGUGUGAAGAAGUUUUUGUCCCGCUUUGCUAUUCCAGAUGUCUUGAUAAAUGAUAUUGUACAAUUAUCAAAUCCAUCUCCCUAUGGCUUGUGGGGGCGGGUAAAUUUCUUCACGGCACUAAAGUACGUGUCUCUCGCUCAGAGUGGAAUUCCGGUGUCUAGAAAUGAGCUAAUCAGAAACAGAGAAAGUCUCCCCCUCCCAUCAUACCGUGAUAUCUGUGUGCCGUUAAUGGAAAAUGAUAUGUCUACAGGGGAGCAUUCUUCACACAGUCCUGCCUCCGCUGGGGAUUAUCCUAACUUAGAAAAGCAAUCUUAUGGACGUAUUUGUCACAAAAUUAGGUUUAAAGAGAAUCAGGUAGAUGCAAAUAACAGCAUUUCGGGAGACGGUACAGGAGAGCCAUGUUUUCCUUCAUGGCCAAAGUGUUACGACGAAGAGCAAAGUCUUUUAACGGAGGAAACUAUCAAACCUGAUAAUUCUGUCUCCUACGAUAAUGAAAACAAAACUCCCGGAAAUUCUGAUUGGUGGAUGCCAGACAAGUCAUUCCGGAAAGGCGUACAUUUAAACACCGGUUACUCAUCGUCCCGAUCUUCUGGUACUGUUACUUCUCAGGACUCUAACUCGUCUACUUAUUUUGCUAGCACUAUUGAAGAGUGUAAAAUCACCAAGAAGUUACAUGAUGCCAGUGUAUGGAGUUAUCGAGAUUUACCCGAUCACUCAUCGGAUCAGCUUAGUGGAAUUCAACCAAAAGGGAGUUCUACAGAUCAUUCUUUACAGAACACUGAUUCUCAACGUACAAAUUCUCAGAACAAAUAUCAGUUUUCACUGAAUAGUGACCAAAAAUCUGAAGUUAACAAAUGGAAAGUAUCACACUAUCGUAGCUCUUCAUUCCCAUUCUCACAACAUAAUAACACUUAUUGUAAUCGAAAUGAAAAACGUAAAGAAAAACAUCUUAAAUGGUUAUCAUCAUUCGCAUUACAAUCAAAGAGAGAAGCUGAAUACGCAUCACAGUUUGAUGAGUUCUUUAUUUCAAAAGACAUUGAUAACCCUGUUACUAAUUGCCAUUUGGUAGUAACACGCUCGGAAGUAACGCAAUUAUUUACAGCUCAAUAUAAAAUCUCGUCAGUUGAUUUUGACAAUAUUUGGUUAACUGCUGAUAUCAAUCGGGACAAUUAUUUAGAUAAAGCUGAAUUUUGUUUAGCCAGUCAUUUAGCACAUUUGCUUGGUCAUCGUGGUUUAUCAUUGGAUGAUGCCGUUAGUGCUUGCAAACCUUAUAUCAGUAAAAUUAUUAGAAGGUUAAGGAAGUCUGAAGCCAAAGGUAAUCAAUUCGACCUUCCUCAUCUAGAAUAUUUCUGCGCCACUGGUUUACUGAACAAUGAUUCAAAAUAUAAUUCAAUAAAUAAUCCAUUGCUGAAACAACACUCGGCGAUAGACAUUUUUAAUAAAAGAAACCCAAUUGUUUUUGAUGAUUCUUGUUCCUUGAAUAUGGAUUCUGCCUUUGGUAUUUCUGAGACUAAUUCUAAAAGUUUAUAUUAUAAUUCAUUUGAAAAUUUGUCACACUGUCCUGUUGUUAGUUGUGAUAGUUAUAGUAAGUCUUCAUCUUCAACUGGAAUUGUUGGUAGCUCCUCUUCCUCUUCGUCAUCAUCUUCAUCCUCCAAUCCAUCCUCCUCACGCUUAUCUGCAUCACCAUUCUCGUCGUCUGAAAUUAGUGGUUCUGUUGAUUCAGUGCAUUUAUCAAGUGAAAAGACUAGUACAAAUAACCCAUAUAUUGAUCCGAUCCAAUUACUAUCUGCAGUCACUGGCCAUCGAAAAACGUUUUUAUCUGAAUUAUCUAGUAGUCGUCGACGUCGUCUUUUGUCUUCACUUAUUCGGGAAGCCAAAUCGGUCAAUCAUACCUUACUUCGUUUAAAUAAUGAAAUGCAAGGUGAACUUGCUGAGUUAAAUGAUCAGCGAGUUAAUUUACGUGCACAACUUCAACAUUUGGGACUACAACCAGCAGUUUGAAGAAUAAAAUAAACAUUUUGUCUAAAAAUUUACUUUCACAUUUGAUCAUUUCAUUCUUAUUGAGCGAUGAAUAAUAUUAGUAAAAUCUGAUUUAAUAUGGGGUUAAUAUCCUAAGUGUCGAACUGUAAAAAUAUCAUUGAAAUUUUGCAAUCAAUUUCAGUAUCGUUGUUUACAUGAUAAUAAGUGCAAUGUGGCUAAUUCUGUCGUAAAUUUUACUUUUAGUAUAUUUUUUCAGCACUGAUCGGUUGUGAACGUUUCUACAUAUUCAUAAUCCUCAAAAUUAGGUUCUUUUUUACCCAAAUUUUAAAUUGUUUGAUCAGUGCCUAAGGUCUGUUUUUCUUAGGCAAUAUCAAUUUCAACAUAAACACUGUAUUAAGUACAGUUCUACAGAAAAAAAAGGUUGAUAGUAUGUGUUAGACGUUUUGUAUACUCCAAAAUUCACUGUACUUCUUAAUUUCUGACCAUACGAGUUAGUAUAAUGUUGCUUUGCUUCCUUUUUCGAUUAACUUCAUCUUCUUUAUUUGUAUAUUAUCUUCGCUGUAUCUAGAAAGUAGUUGAAGUUUUACUCGAAAUUAUGCAUGUUCUCCUAAUUAUUGGUUUAUUUCUUCAAUUUUUCCCGUAAUACUUAAUGUGGUUUAAAUACAAAAACCUUUCUCCAAUUUGUUUAUUGAUUGCCUAUAUAUGUAGAAGUUUUCAAAUGGUAGUUUUUCUGUCUAACAAUAGAUGUAAGUUAUGCAAUAUUGACAGAUUGUUUCAUUUAACUCUUAAACUCACACCUACUUUCAUUCAAUAAUGACUUGUGUUUUAUAGUAAUCGUAAUUAACCUAAAAGAAACCAUUAAUUCCAAUUUAUUGUAGUCGUUAUAUAUCGUGUUUUGUCCUCUAAAACCACUAACCUCUCUGUUUCUCCUGCAAAGUUCAAGUAUUCAUGAUCAGAAUAAAUGAUAUUAUAGUAGGA